UUAUGGUCUUUCAGCAUUACAUCCAUAUUACAAGUGACUUGGUGAAAUUCAAUUUCGAUUCAACACAAUUUACAAAAUGACUUUUGUCGCUCAAAAUUCUAAAAAUAUAAUAAUUUACUUGUUGGUUGGUUGUUUAUUCCAGAUGGGCAACAUCCACUCUAUACCCGUGCCUGCAAAUGAUGCCUCGGAGAUGGUGGACAAGACGAAUUCGAUGACCAAUGACGGGGAAAAGACGCCAAUCAAUGGAGUGGAACCCGUUGGUGACGUAUUCAAGUCACUGAUCAAGAACACGGGCUCGGCGGUAUCGAACGUCAGCAGCGAGACCGGUCAGUCUUUGAAGGAGAUUGCACAGGCCGGUGGCCGGGCCACGCUUGCCCUAGGAUACCUGGUUAGUCAACUGUUUGACGGCCUCAGCGCCACCGUGGCCACCAGUAGUGGUUACCUGGCCAGCGGUGUCAGGAACAUCGACGACAUCGUAGGCGAUUUGCCGAUCUUGGGCACGGUCACGGGCACCCUCGACGCAGUCAUGACGCAUGUGUCUAACACCGUCGGCGAGAUGUCCGCCAACGGCCGGAAGAGCAGGCAAAAGAUGUUCGAUGGCCUACGCGAACACCUUAACCGGAGCCGUCUACCGAGUGCCGAAAAUUCUAGCGCCAGCAGUGGUAGUGGCAAGUCUGACGCUACAGCAGCAGCUGCGUAGUAUUUUGAGACAAUAUGAGCAUCAGAUGUCAUUAUAAUGUUAAAAAAAAAUGUAUUUUUUGGUACAAAAAAAAAAAAUCCAAAACA